GUGAAACUUUCCUGAGGAGGUGCUUGGUAUGUUUGCAGUGUGCUGCGCGGUACUCCGUUAACUCGGGAGAAAACUUAAAGCGAAAAAGAACCGUGUGCUCCUGCCUAUUUUUAGAAGUCUGAAGUCUGAUGGGGGGAAACGAAGGUGCUUGAAGGAAGAAAAAAGUGCGGAGGAAGAAAGUCUCAACUUAGACGCUGCCAUGAGCUCGCGCCACACCGCGAAGUGACGGGAAUUAAAAAUACACACACGCUCGUUAAGUUUACAGGAGCUCGACGCGUCGCUCCAGCUCGACUCAACUUUUUUUCUUGCAUAAAACCCGCAGUGGCCUCUGGAGAAGUUGCUGAGCAGCACCAAUGGCUGCCCAGUGCGACCCUUUGAGCGGAUACUUGCAGCAGUCGGACCAGGGCUCCAACAGCGAGCGGAGCACCGACUCACCGCUCCCCGGCUCAGAGGAGGACCUGAGCGGACCACAUCCGCUGCCAGACCCCGAGUGGACGGAGGAGAGGUUUCGGGUGGACCGUAAGAAGCUGGAAGUCAUGUUAUUAGCCGCCUCUGAGGGGAGAGUCAACGGCGGGGAGGAUUUCUUCCAGAAGAUCAUGGAUGAGACCCAAACACAGAUAGCCUGGCCGUCCAAACUGAAAAUUGGAGCCAAGUCCAAAAAAGAUCCACACAUCAAAGUAUGCGGGAAGAGGGAGAACGUGAGGGAAGCCAAGGACAGAAUUAUGUCUGUCCUCGACACAAAGAGUAACAGGGUAACUCUGAAGAUGGACGUCUCCCACACGGAGCACUCUCACGUUAUCGGCAAAGGUGGCAACAAUAUCAAGAGGGUGAUGGAGGAGACAGGGUGUCACAUCCAUUUCCCAGACUCCAACAGGAACAACCAGACGGAGAAAAGCAACCAGGUGUCCAUCGCAGGGCAGCCAGGAGGCGUGGAGGCGGCUCGAAUAAAAAUAAGGGAGCUACUACCUCUUGUGUUGUCAUUUGAGCUUCCCGCCAUCAUGCAGUCUGACCCCAGCUCCCCCACUGUGCAGCACAUCUCGCAGACUUACAACCUCACGGUCUCCUUCAAGCCUCCGACGCGUCUAUACAGGGCCACUGGGGUUGUUCGUGGCUCACAGAACAACACCAACGCAGUCAAGAGAGGCACCGCUCUGUUGUUAGAGCACCUGGCCGGAAGCCUGGCCAGCACCAUCACCGUCACCACCCACCUGGACAUCGCACCGCAGCACCACCUCUUCAUGAAGGGCCGCAAUGGCAGCAACAUCAAGCACAUCACUCAGAGGACGGGAGCCCAGAUCCAUUUCCCCGACCCCAACAGCCCCCAGAAGAAAUCCACAGUCUACAUUCAGGGCACAAUUGAAUCCGUCUGCCUGGCGCGGCAGUACCUCAUGGGCUGCUUGCCUCUGGUCUUAAUGUUUGACAUUAAAGAGGACAUUGAGGUGGAGCCCCAGUGUAUCACGUUGCUGAUGGAGCAGCUGGAUGUCUUCAUCAGUAUCAAACCAAAGCCAAAACAACCCAGCAAGUCUGUGAUAGUCAAGAGCGUGGAGAGGAAUGCGGUGAACAUGUACGAAGCCAGGAAAUUCCUCUUGGGCCUUGAGAGCAACGGAGUGUUGUCCUCCUCGCCCUCCGUGGCCUUGAAUCCCAGCAUCAGCGGCCCGUCCCCGUCCCUCAUCUGCCCCGUUGGCCUGGACAUCCUGGCCUCAGCUGGUCUGGGGCUCAGCAAUCUGGGUUUCCUGGGGGCGACGGCGGCCCACUCCCUCGCCACCUCGGCUGCCCCGAACGCCGUCCUCAACAGCUUAAACUCCUCCAUGAGUCCGCUGCAGAACCCCAACCCCAGCAACCCCACACCGCCCCCCUCCCUCUGGCCCAGCUCACUCACGGGCAACCAAGGCUUCACGUCUCCGCUGAUGCUGCAUCCUGCCACCCAGGCCACGCUGAGCAGCAUCCUCCUCUCGGGCGUGCAGGGUUACACACAGAGUACACCAUCCCCUCCUCCUGGUCUUGCCCCGAUAGACAAGCAGCCCAACGGCGUCCCGGACUGCACCAAAGGCCCCUGCACUUUAAACGGACACGUCAAGCAUCCCGGUUCCGUCUAUGGGAGGAUAGCGUCUGCAUCACUAGGAGACACGGUUUUGAGUCCAGCCCCAUGUGACUCGGUCCAGGAGGCCAGUGGACACAAUCCUUCAGAACCGCUGUCAAGCAAGUCCAGUCCAGACGAAGGCUCCGACACCUUUGUGGAAGUGGGCAUGCCCAGGAGCCCGUCUCACUCGGCCAAUGGCAGCGAGCUGAAACAAAUGCUGGCUUCGUGUAAAACGUCCUCAGGGAAGCGGCAGGCUGUGGAGCUCCUGCAGGGCACCAAGAACUCCCAUCUACAUUCAGACUGUCUUCUGUCGGACGCCGAGUCCAGUUCGUCAGACAGUCCAGUAGCAGAUAAGAGGGCACCGGGCAGCGAGCGAGCGGCUGAGAGGGCAGCGCAGCAGAACGAGAGGGAGAGAAUCAGACUGGCGCCGCAGACCUCCUUCGCCAACAUGCAGGCGUUUGACUAUGAACAGAAAAAGCUGCUGGCGACCAAAGCCAUGUUAAAGAAGCCUGUCGUGACCGAGGUGCGAACUCCCACCAAUACUUGGAGCGGUCUGGGCUUUUCAAAGUCCAUGCCAGCGGAGACCAUCAAGGAGCUGCGCAGAGCCAAUCACGUUUCAUACAAACCCAGCAUGAGCACCACCUACGAGGGUUCCCCGCUGUCCCUGUCUCGAUCCAGCAGCCGCGAGGGUAUUGGGAACGGCAGUGACUCAGACAACUGGCGAGAGAGAAACGGCACCGGUAACGGUCUGCCGAGUCACGCAGAGUUCCCCUCGGCCGUCGGCAGCCCCAAGAGGAAGCAGAACAAAUCGGCUGCGGAGCAUUACCUCAGCAGCAGCAACUACAUGGACUGCAUCCCCUCGGUAACUGGCAGCAACGGCUGCAGCCUGAGCUCGUCUCUGAAAGGCUCGGACCUGCCCGAGCUCUUCAGCAAGCUGGGCUUAGGGAAGUACACGGACGUCUUCCAGCAACAAGAGAUUGACCUCCAGACAUUCCUGACUCUAACCGACCAGGACCUGAAGGAACUGGGCAUCACCACCUUUGGAGCCCGCAGGAAAAUGCUGCUCGCCAUCUCAGAACUAAACAAAAACCGGAGGAAGCUGUUCGAGCCGCCCAUCAGGUCCUCGUUUCUGGAAGGCGGGGCAAGCGGCCGCCUCUCGCGGCAGUUUCACUCAGACAUGGCCAGUGUCAGCGGGCGGUGGUAGUCGCCUCCGCGCGUCCAGCUCAUCUCCUAAACCGUCCAGGAUGAUGGAAAUCAUCAUCAUCAUCACCAUCAUCAUCAUCAUGAUCCCUCCCCAUGUCUUUCUGUGCCUCAGCAGCAGCCCCAGGUUUCAGCGGUUGUUGUUUACCCUUUUUUUUUUUUUCAGCUUCAACUGAAUUAAGACUGUUCGGAAUGUCGUUGUCGUUGCCAUACAGUAUGAAUAUUGUGUAUAUUAAAAAAAAAAAAAAAGCCAUAAUUUUACCUGAAGUGCCAACAAGAAACACGUGAGGUUCAGUGUUCACUCCUUAUAGAGCCAUUUAGUCUAUGUGGAACAUUUAUAUAUGAAGGUUAUGAUUCUGAAGGAAGGUACUGUCCAGUAUUUCUGUCCAGGCAGAAUGAUUAGUACAAUCAUUUUUUUACACAUUGAUACUUCCUGCAUUUGUAUUAUGCUGUCGUAUCGGUGACAUGCACUUUAACAAUACUAGACUUUUUGCCUGUGAGAGCCUAAUUCCUUACACUUAAAGUAAUGAUGACUAUGCAUUAUUUUUUUUUUUGUUUUUGUUUUGUUUCUGUUUUUAUUAUCGACUAAAAGCACAGAUGCAUUUUGUGCCAAACAAAAUGUUUAAGCACUUAAGCCAGAGAAAUUGACGGCUGCCGCCAAAUGAAGUGCAGAGUGGGGUCAGCUCACCACAGUAUUGACUUCAUCUACCAAAAAAAGAAGAAGAAAAA